UGAACGUUCUUUGGUGGCUAAUUAACGUUAGCUGAAUAGCUAAUAGCUCUAGCUAGUUAACUUGGACCAAAGCACAUUUAGCUAUCUAGCUACUGUGUUAUAACCAUGAUUGUGAUAACAUACUAACGUUACCGUUUGCUUGACGUUAGUGCAUAGCAUCUGCAGUUAAUGCAUGCGUCUGACGAAGGCGAAGUAACUAACUUUAAACUCAUGUGACUCACCGUUACAAGACCGCGUUUUGUUGGAUAUAGUGAUAGGUCGGUUAAAAAUAACAAUGGCGAAUUAAGCUAGUUACCCACGACAAUAACAACGUUAAUUUGCUACUCACGUUACUGCCGAUGGUGGAUUGUCUAACAUUACACGCGUGCUUAACAUUAUCCUCAGUUAGCUAACGUUGACUCCUAACUUCGGUUAAUAAUGAUAGGAUGUGCGUCAAACUACACAAGACGCCAUUUUGAACCUGGCAUUAAUUUUUGAAUAUGUACAUGUUCACAAAGGUCACGUUAGUGUACUGGAACUACUGUAUUUUGUCGAAUUGAAUGUGAAGCAUAUGUUUGUAGCGUGGUUAAAUGCGACCUAGCCAGGUACAGGCAUGCGCGCGCCAGCUAGCUACUGCAUGUUAGCUUCAAGCACAUUACUGUGGAAAAACGAUUCUGCAGCAUAUGGCCGCCAUUUUGUGAAACAUGCUCUGAAGCAUUGUAAUACACGGGAGUUUUUUUGUGGCUAAUAAUGGCAUGCAGAGGAUUUUCUGAUCUCAUGACAUUCACAAAUGUCUCAGAUUAUUUACGUCUCCAACCUCAUUAUGUCUUGUUAGCCAGCUAUCUUUCCAGCUACAACAAUUAUGAUGCUAACAAAUUUUAGCCAUGUGACUGGAGACUGUCUUCAAGUUAACGGUGGCCUAACAUUAGCUAACGUUAGCUCCUUUCCUCAGCGUGGGGGGACAACGCUGCGCAUUAGCUUUGGAUAGUGUUUAGGUAGGAGAGCACGGGUUGCAUGAUUUAAACGAAGGGGUUUUUAAUGAAUUGGUCCAUCUUUAUUAAGAGAAGGACUCUUUCCCUCUUUUAGAUUAAACGGGCAAAUAUGGCGGAGGCAGAUCGACCAGGGAAACUCUUUAUUGGUGGACUUAAUACUGAGACCACCGAGAAGGCUCUUGAACAAUACUUCAGCAAAUAUGGCAGGAUAAUGGAAGUUCUGUUGAUGAAGGAUCGUGAAACCAACAAGUCUAGAGGUUUUGCAUUUGUGACGUACGAAAAUCCAGGUGAUGCCAAGGAUGCUGCCAGGGAAAUGAAUGGAAAGACUCUAGAUGGUAAGUCAAUAAAAGUAGAGCAAGCAACGAAGCCUCAGUUUGAAUCUGCUGGACGCCGUGGUCCACCAUCUUUGCAUCCACGAAGCCGCGGUUCACCAAGAGGCUCUCGCGGAUCCAGAGGAGCGCCAAGUGGAAUGAGGGGCCCACCCAGCAGAGAACCCUUUUUCAAAGGUGCAUCAUCCAGAGGCCCACCUCCAUUGAAGAGGGGACCUCCAGAGCGAAGUGAUGGGCCACCAACCAAGAGACCGGCCCCAUCUGGACCCCCUGGCAGACCUCCUAUGUCCCGUGACAGAGACCCUUAUGGACCACCCCCACCACGCAGGGAUUCUAUGAUGUCACGGCGGGAAGAGUACCCAUCGCCACGGGAUGACCAUUAUUCCUCUAAGGACAGUUACUCCGGUCGUGACUACAUCAGUUCAAGGGAGAGCAGGGACUAUGCUCCACCUCCCCGUGAUUAUGCUCCCCCGCCUCGUGAAUAUCGUGAUUAUCCCCAUUCGAGCUCCAGAGAGGAAUAUGGAUCCAUGCCCAGAGGCUACAGCGAUCGUGAUGGCUAUGGUGGAGGACGAGAGGCCAGGAGUUAUGUUGACCGACCAAGUGCAGGGUCCUACAGAGACCCCUAUGAUGGUUACGGUAACUCACGCAGCGCCCCACCCUCGCGGGGGCCCCCACCAUCCUACGGUGGCAGUGGCGGAAGCAGUCGCUAUGACGACUAUGGCAGCAGCUCCCGGGAUGGAUAUGGCAGUCGCGACAGUUAUCCCAGCAGUCGGAGCGACCCAUACUCUGCUAGCCGCACUGAGCGAAUGGGCAGGCAGGAGCGGGGGCCCGCACCCCCCCUCGAGAGAGGCUAUCCUCCUCGGGAGUACAGCAGUUCCAGUCGCGGGGCACCUCGUGGUGGUGGCCGCGGAGGCAGCCGCGCUGAUAGAGGGAUCGCUCGAAGCAGAUACUGAGAAAGGACUUGGAAAAGAGAGUAAAAAGGUUCAAGCUCUCAAGCUCAAAGGCAUUCAAAGCGUGCAAAGGAUGUGUAACAUUCAAGAAGACUUUUUUUUUUCCCCUCCCAAGACAACAUUUCAAUGGACACCCAAGCUUCAGGUCUGAACAAUCCACAAAAUGUCAGUUUAUUUUGACUAUUUCCCUUUGUGUUUAAAUGAUAUCUUUAUCGUUCUUCUUGCCCAUUUCCCAUUUAAUGGUACUGUUGCCAAUUUAAGUGACUUGCGUGUUAGUUUUUGUAUUAUAGUGCUGUUAACCUGUAAUGCCCUGGAAUAUGGCUUUCAACUAUCAAUAAAGUUUUUAAACUAAGAUCCUGACCAGCACUGAUAUUCCAAAGCAACCAGAAAACGAAUAACAAAUGUACAGCAAUUCUUCGAUUGAUGACCCAAAGACCAGAUCCUAAAUGAAGUGGAAAAUAUGUCCUGCAGUAGGUCAUGUACAGUGAAUUGUUCAGAUUGCUUUUUGAGAAGGCAAAUGUUUCCCCCCCAAAAAAAAACAAUCCGUGUAGUUUUCCUCAGUGUUUAAGGAUCCUCCACCAUAAAGUCUUAACUUUGAUGGCUUGCAACGACUUACCCAAAGACAACAGCCAAAAUGCAAGAACCUUUCCGCACCACUGAUAAAGUCUCAACGGGAUGGUAAGCAAAGCAAACCUUCUUGUUUCUCGUUAAUGGAAUUAGGUCAGGGGCGCAAACAUGAGGUACAACCCAAAGGUUGGUAUGAGUGGCGUCAAUUUGUACCCCCUUUGGUUGUUGAACAUCAUUUGCUCCACAAGGGCAGUGGCAGUCCGACAUGCCUUCCAUUCUCAAUUCUGAAUUUAUUGUUAGUGAUCAACCUCAGGAAAUUGAUAGAUUCAGCAAAAACUCCUUCCUUGCAACAAGUUGGCUAUCACUAAGGAGAACUGGAAUUCUUCUGGCCUUGCGCAAUCCGCUCAGUAAAUGUUCCACAUGCAUUUGCACUGCCCAUGAGUGUAAGAAAGCGGCCAUGGAUCCGUAAUCUGUUGUAGCAUAAGUACAUUUUUUUUCCCCCCCAGAAAUUUUGAAAAGGUACAUUUUGAAGAUCUGGCCCACAUUUUGAAUGGACCUAUUGCAUAAUGAUACGCAAAUACUCAGUAAUGUCAUAUCUCGAAGGAUCUAAUCAUUUUGAAACAUUAAGGCUACACUUAUUUCAACCAGCCCACCGCAAGCAUGCCCUAACACACGGAAGUUCUGUGGAAGGAAGCCACCAACCAAGAAACUGGGAAAAUAACGGGAGCCGAGUUCAAACCAAUUCUAUCUUCUUUUCUUGGACUACAUAUUUGUACAUGUGUGCGUGUGUGUAUACAGGCAUUGAUUGUUAUAACUCUCUCCUUGCAGGAUGAAUGUUUGCAAUGAUCUCUGAUCUCUGAAUUAUUGACUCAUCUCGGUGUCCUGUUGGCAAAUGUUUGCUCAGGAGAUCUUAAUGCACAUCAGAUCUUGACAGAUCCUGGACCCAGUGGCCGGGCUGUCGGGGUAGUAGGCUGUUUUUGCCUUGGUGUUGCGGUGUGGCAAGGAUGCUGGUCAUUUCAAUGGAGUUGAAUCAUGUGUUCACUUUUGAAUAAAGAAUUCCUAUCAACUAA